GGGCGUGGGGGAAGCCGUGUCCAAGGCGUUUCAGGGCGCGCUGGCAGCGGUCUCAGGUCUGUCGGGCGAGAAGCGGGAGGAUGCGCUGCGCAUGGACCAGCUGCAGGGCAUGGUUCCGCUUCUCUCGCAGAACCUCGGGCUGCCAGAAGAUGUAUUCCAGGGAGUCGUGGAGCACGCGCCGAAGUUCGAUUUCGAUAACAAUGGGAUGAUGGACGAACACGAGGUGAAGCGGAUGUGCAAGGCACUGAUGAUAGAAAAACUGAUUCAGCUGGGCGGGGGAUCGGAGAGUCCGCCCGAGAAGACGCCAGAGCAGGCAGGAUACGUUAUCCAUAAAGAGAUAGGGCGUGGGGCGCAGGGUGUGAUGUACUUGUGCCAGAAGGGACGAGACCACCUCUGUGCCAAGAAAGUCAACAAGGGUUUCUUGAGUAAGUACGACGUCGAGGUGGUCUUGAGCGAGUUUACGACGAUGCGCCGCUUUCGCCACGAUAACGUGGCGAGGACCCACGACAUUUUUCAAGACCAAGGGGCCUAUUACAUUAUCAACGAACUUUAUAGCGGGCAAGACUUUACCAAGCUUGGGUCCAACGCUCAUAAUGCUGGGCAGAAGAUGAGCGAAUCAUGGUGGCGGGAGAUUUUCAGACAGUGUUUGGAAGGCGUCGAUCAUUUGCACGAUAAGGGAUCGUUACACUGUGACAUCAAGGAGCCAAAUAUUAUGGUUGCAAAUUUUGAUUCUUUUGCAAGACCCCGUCCUGUGUUGAUCGAUUUUGGGUUGGCCCUGCGUCUCGUCAACGCUACGGGUAGCGGUGGAACGCCUGGCUAUAUACCGCCAGAGACGUACGAGGAGGAGAAGUGGUAUCCCCGCGGAGACGUCUUCAGCCUCGGUAUCGUGUUUUUCCAGUUGAUGGUUGGACAGGUGCCGAUUCUGGUAGGUGGAAGGACCUUAAAAAAAGCUGGUGUGCUUAUGAGCGACAGCAGCCCCUACAAUGCUGCCAAGAAUCAGGCUUUGCCUUGGGAGCGGUUUCCUGCCAUGCCCAAGCUGAAGGACCUCACGAACAUGAUGACGCUGCGGGUUCGCGAACAGAGGCCGCGCCCGAGAGAGGCGCUGCGCCACCCGUGGUUCGCCUCGAGGGAGGACGCGCCGCUGCCGGAGGCCUCGCUGCGGGGCCUCCUGGAGUGCGCCGAGACGCCUGGCGAGGUGCACGUCAAGGACUUCCUGGGGAUCUCUCAAGCUGCCGUGGCGGGCGCCAGCUUCGGCAAGAGCGCGCCCAGCUGUGCCGGGGCGACGACGCCCGCCCUUGCGGCCGCGUCACCGUCGAGCCCGCCGAGCGGCACCUGGGGUUCGUCCACCCGCGCAGCUGCGUCGGGCACGCCGAGCGGCAGUUGGGUGAUGCCGGCAGCGCCUGCCGCGUCAUCGUCGAGCGCGCCGAGCAGCCCUUGGGGACAGCUGGCCUCGCCGACCGCGUCGUUGUCGAGCGCGCCUGGCAGGACCUGGGCAACGCCAGAUCGCCCAGCUGCAUCACUGCUGGGCGCGCCUGGCGGCACCCGGGCGACGGCUGCAGCGCCGGCUGCUUCGUCGUCGAGCGCGCCGAGCGGCACUUGGAGGGCGUCGACCGGCCCUGCUGCGACGUUUUCGAGCUCGCCGAGCGGCAGCUGGGGGAAGCCGACAGCGCCGACUGCAUCAGCGUCGAGCGCGCAUAGCUGGGGGGCGCCGACAGCUUCAGCUGCGUCUUUCUCGAGCGCGCCGGGCGGCGCGUGGGGAGCCUCGACCCGCCCGGCUGCGUCGUGGUCGGGGGCGCCGAGCUGCAGUUGGGGGAUGCCGUCAGUGCCGGCUGCGUCAACGUCGAGCGCGCCUAGCUGGGGGCCGCGGGCAGGAAAUCAGAUUGGGGGCCCAGGUGGCGCCACCUUCUACGAUAUUGGCUCGCAGCUCUGCGAGGAGAUGGUGGGCCAGCUCGCCACCGAGCACGCCGCCGAGAUCGACGCGCUCUACGAGAAUGUGAUGGCCAUGCGGGCCGAGCUGGAAAGGUGCCAGGAGUUGAUGAUGGGCUUUGCCGACCGGGAGAAGGGGAUCACCGAGCUGAUGAACCAGAUCCAGCAGCAGGCCCUGCAGGCGACGAUGCAGCAGGCCUUCAACGAGACGAAGGUCGAGAAGGAUACGGAGGACGAGGUUCAGAGGAUCAGACGCCUUCUCGAGUCGCCCGCCGUGCGGCCCCCGUCGGUGACUCCCCACCUGGAACAGGUGGUGCAGAUGCCUUUCGGCACUCGCUGA